UCUUUUUAAUAAUUGUCAGUCUUUCAGCAGGGACCGAGGUUGCAAGACGCAAAAGACUACAGGCUUGCUUCACGCUAGAUUUUAUCACAAUGAAACUCUUCUAUCUGUUCUUAAUCAUCGCCAUAACAGCGUUGAACUAUUGUGCAGCUGAUUUACCACCAUAUUGUGGGCCAGAUUCGGGUGAUUAUCCAAAAUCAAGCGGGGGAAAACUUCUUCAAGUCCAUCUGGUGGCAAGGCAUGGAGAUCGUAUUCAAGCCAAUGCAGGGCAGUGUUGGAAAGGUGAUGAACAUUUAUGGGAUUGUCUGUUGACUGACGCUAUCACUCCAACAAUAAACCGGGAUCAACAUUACCUUCGAGUGGAAAGACUUUAUAGAAAAGUUUUCUAUACUGGUCGCGAGGAAGUACCUGGCAACUGUGCUCUGGGGCAACUUACAAGUAUUGGUUUUAAGCAACAGCUCUCAAAUGGCGAAAAUUACAGAAAGAUUUAUGUUGAAAGUGGUUUCUUAUCACCAAAUUUUUCGUCUGUUGAACAUCGUGUUCGUAGCACAAACAUGUUUAGGACGCUUCAAUCCGCACAAGGUUUCAUGACUGGCAUGUUUCCACCUUCACAACCAGUGGUAGGACGAGCUGGUAUAAUGGACAUCAACACAAUGGAUGGAACCUAUGAAAAUAUGUACCCUAACGAUAAGCUUUGUCCGAAGUCUAAAGACUAUAUAACAGCGUAUUUCAAAUCACAAGACUUUUUGGAUCAUUAUAAUUCAGUUAGUAAACAGUUGGUUGAAGAUCUUCAAAAAGCAUUGGACGACGAAACGUUCACUUAUCAGGAUAUAUUUAUGCUGUUUGACUGUUUGAACGUGUUCAAGUGUCAUGAGGUUGAUACACCAGCUGGUAUUACGCAGGAUUUAUACCAGAGAGUGAGUGAGGAAGUGACCUACGUUUUCUAUCAAAUGUACGCUUAUCCCAGCCCCGCAGAGGCGGCGAAGGUUGGAAUCGGAUUCUUUAUCAAAGAAGUACAACAGGAAAUAGAAGCAAAGAUAGCCAUGGAAUCAAAAUUGGAUUUCAUUUUGUAUUCUGGUCAUGACGUUACAUUGAUGACUUUAUUGUUGGCAUUCAACGUGAGCGAUGGAGUAUGGCCACCUUACGCCUCUCAAAUGAUCUUUGAAGUUUACCAAAUGACUGAUAACUCGCACACCAUGCGCAUUUUGUACAAUGGCAAGGUUAUGAAACUCCCGUUCUGUGAUGAUAAGGAACUGUGUAACACGGAUAUCGUCAAGGAAUAUGUGGCCAAAUUUGAACCGGAGAGUGUGGCGAAGGAUUGCCAGUCAAGUAAAAUGAGAGUUUGAAGAUGUGAAAUGCUGGAACUACUCGAAAAAACAAAAGAAAUUUAAGAAUCACACGGGAGUAUAAUUGAGAUAUGUUAAACUUGAAAAUUAUCAGAAUAAAUAGAAUUAAAUAAAUAUACUUACAACGAAA